UUUAAGACUUACUUUCUGUGGACUCAUGCAAAGGACUGCGUGCAGCAACACACUAAUUUUACAAGGUGCGGUCUGACUCUUACGCUUUCAACUAAUCUGGUGGUGUGGAUGGCAGCUGUGACGGAGGAAUCUAUUCACCAAACCGCCAUUCCAGACUGGAAUAUUAGUGUCUCAAACAAGCUAUACAGAGCUAGCUAUGGUGAGCAGACGUGUAGAUGCAGCCACUCGGCAUGUGAGACCUUCAAAGGGGCCUUUUAUUACCUGUACCCUUUCAACAUAGAGUACAGUCUCUUUGCUGCUGCCAUGGCCUACGUCAUGUGGAGGAAUGUAGGCCGAGUUGUGGGGCAUCGAAGCCACCGCAAAGUUAAAUUCCAACUUAAGGACAUGUAUUUUGGACCGGUGCUGGGGUUUCUCCUGGCGAUCGCAGGACUCGUUACAUUCAUAUUGUACGAGGUGUACAUACAGCAGGGCGGAGGAGAAGAGAGAAAUCUGGCCCUGCUCAUUCACUUUGUUAUGAAUGUGGUGAUUGUGAGCCUGCUGUCAAUUUCCACGGUGAUCGGCUGCGUUCUCUACAGACUGGACCAUAGAGAACGCGUUUCGGGGGAAAACCCCUCUCGCAGCCUGGAUGUGGGGUUGCUAGUGGGAUCCUCACUGGGGCAGUUAAUCAUCAGUUAUUUCACGACUGUGGCCAUGGUGGCGACAGAGGCCAGAGGCCACCUGAGGGCUCUGAACCUGAGCUGGGCUGUGCUGCUGGUCCUCCAACUUGGCCUGCAGAAUUAUUUUAUCGUCGAAGGCCUCAACCGGGAGCCCUUCCACCUCAUUCAGAUGGCAGCUAUGCACACAAAUGCUCAGACUGUCCAAGACCAUAUAGCGAUACAGGUUGCUAUUGACCGAAAUGGUUCCAACUGUGUUCAAACUCCCGGUUCAGUUGAGCCCAACUGGAAGAGAAGAGCUAUGAAGGAGGUCUGUGCCUUUCUCCUGUUGGGUAACAUCAUUCUCUGGAUCAUGCCGGCAUUCGGCGCUCGUCCUCAGUUUGACUACUCUGUAAUGCUGAACUUCUACAGUUACACUGUGUGGACCGCGAUAGUGAAUACUGGACUUCCAUUUGCCAUCUUCUACAGGAUGCACUCUAGUGCCAGCCUCCUCGAAGUUUACUUGAGCUCCUAAAUUUCCAGUUUUUGUUUGUGGAUGGGCAGUCAAAUAAAUGGCAUUUUAAAAUGUGUUAGUGGUGUUACUUUCUUUGGAAAUUUUGUGCAUUGUACAUAAUGCAGUUUAUUGUUAGCAUUUUGCUCCUUAUCAAAGCAUUUGUGGUCAGUUGAAAGAACCAAUCUGAACCUA